AUGGGAGGUAAGACAACAAUCAAGAAAGGUUUGAAUAGAGCUUCUUCGUCUUGCAGUAGCAGAAAUAAUCAUCGCCUGUCUGAUAGUAGGAAUACUCCUGUCGUGCUGUGUCACAUGCUUUAUCCUCUACGUAUACCACAAGACAUCGAGUAGACUGCGACGCGCAAGGUCAAAUCAGCUACUUUUUUUAGUGCUAAAGUGAAUGGGUUUUACAGUCGGGGCAGGACUCCCAAGCAGGUACAACACCUUCCACCACCUCCAAAAGUUGACGAACCGCCAGUCGAGGUUACGCCGCCAGUAAAAACAAUAGUGAAAGAUAGGGAAAGUAAGAUAGACGUAGGACAUAAGAUCGCAGUGACAGAACCGCCGACGAAGCGACCAAAUAAGCUGUGGAUAGACACGAAUAAAGUUUGUCCGGCUCAAAGUGCGAUUGCAAUGGAAACGUGAGCAAUAGACAUAUUAAUCCUCUUUAAGGAGAAACCGACAGGAAACUACUUCAGAGACUACUCAGCGGAAAGCUUCCUCACCAGUAUGACUAAGGAUAGCACGAAUCGAAGACGUCUACUUCAAGACGAGUUCUUGGUAAGAGGGGCGAAUAUAUUGGGAAAAGAAAGAAGAAGAAAUGAUGGAGUGCUCGCGUCGUAGGUUCUCUCGCGAACGAUGGAGCGCCGAUUGACUAGGAGCACAGACAGAGCGACGAGACACGCCUCAGCCAACAGAUACUCAGACAUUGUGCCCUGUGAGUGUGUCAUGUCGUUUGAGGUCGUUCAACGCCCUGUUUUCAGACGAUCACACGCUCGUCGAACUCAACACGGGCGAUUACAUCAACGCGAGCUUCGUUCAGGUGCACUUUUUUGUACUUUCGUCCAUUCUAUCCGUCUAUUUCGACCAAAGUCUAAAGGGGAGGCAUAAAAGUGCAUACACUUUUAUAGGGCGAGACCGACGCGUUGAGAUGGAUUGCCACACAAGCCCCAAUCGACGAGUCGGAAAGUGUAGGACAGGAGACAGUGUCCGACUUCUGGAGAAUGGUGGUGCAGUACAAAGUCGAUUGCAUUGUGAUGCUCGGGCAACACCAAGAAAACUUUGAGGUAAAUAAUUAGCGAAAGAAAAAUUAGUCAAAACCACGCACGUCAGAAGACUGAAUUCAACCGGAGAGCGGUCAUCGUUAGGGUCACCUGACUAUUCGAGAAACACUAUCACAAAACACGUUUCGUAUCAAUUUAGUGUGCUGAUUGUAAAGAUCGUCAAACAUACAGUCGUCCUUAUGUCAAAAUUACAGCAAAAAUGUGGUGAAUACUGGCCAGCGAACCUCGGAAAAACGGCAAGAUAUGGAAAUGUGGAGGUGAAAGUUGUUUGCGAACUCGAAGAGAGGUGCUGGGUGCACCGCGAGUUUGACGUUUACCCCGCCGCUGGCAGCAGCAGACGGGGGCGAGACGAUCACGUGAAAGUGUCUCAUUGGCAAUACAAAGAAUGGAAAGACAACGACGCUCCCGUCAUUCCGACUUUUCUGGAAUUUUUGAUGCAAGUGAAAGAACGCCGAUAUAAUUCACCGGUUGUUGUGCACUGCAGGUGUGUCCACGGAACAAAUAUUUAGAGUGACUGAAGCUUUUGAAAAACAGCCGAAUCAGCAACACAAGGGUACACUUUUCAGUGCGGGAAUCGGGCGAACUGGAGUGUUCAUCUGCACGGACAAUGUGAUAUCGCGUUUUGAAUCGGAAGGAAUUAUAGACAUCUUUAGGUACUUGGCAAAAGAAGCCAGAAAUGGCAAAAGAUUACACAAUUUCGUGUCUCUUUUUCAGCGAAGUGAAUCGAUCACGGCAACAGCGACCAAGCAUGGUAUACACACUGACGCAGUACGAAUGCAUUUACGACACCAUCGGAGAAUACUUGAGACAAGCGAAGCAGCAACAACGUUAG